UAUUUUAUACGAAGGUCAAAUUAAGAAAAUGUGUAAAAAAACUUUCACCAUGCCUUUAUUAUUUUUAAAUGCCAUGUAUACGUAUUUAUUGUUUUACCCUAGUGCCAGACUUUUCCUGACUUCUUAAUUCUUAAACCCAGAACUUAAAAUGUGAAAAAAAAGGCCUACAUUAUUGUAUUUGUUUGUUGUGUAAAUUAUUGAAAUUUUGUUUAAGUGAGCUUGAUAUGUAUGGAAUAUAAGACAUCUAUGUGAAGUGAAGAAAUUAUAUAAAAGGUCAAUUUAAUUGUGUGUAUUUUGGGUACAUAAUAUUCUAGCUAUUAAAUUAGUCUUGGCAAAAAAAAAAAAAAAAAAGAAAAAAAAAGAAUUUAAAUUAAAAAAAGGUUUAAAAUGACUUUUACACCACAGAAUGAUAUUAAACACGUUAAAUGAUUGCACAAUACAAUUUGAAAUGUGACGGGAAUGUUCAUGACGUUUCGUUAAAAAAAAUGACAGAAUUGUCCAUUGUUCGUAGACAAGUUAAAACAAUAAAAGCUUGAAUUAGGCCUACAUGACAGGAUUAUAUUUGAAGAAACACCCUACUACUACUGCUACUAGUUAUUAUUAUGAGUAGUAGUAUUACAGUUUUAGUAUGUGUAGGCCUAUUUACUUAUUUGUGUGUUUGUUUAUUUAUUUAUUCGGUCUAAUCAUUUUAGUAGCGUAAUUAUUGUGACUUUUAUUUUGAACAAAUGCAUUUCCUGUAGCCUAGUCAUUUCAAGUCUCUCGUUAGGGGUCGCUAUCUUCACGCUCCUCUGAAAGCAACUCUACACUCUGAUCACGUGGUAUGACCGAGUAGGACGGCCAUCUUCCCUAAAACACAAACAACAAGAGCGUACUAGACAUCAACACGCAACGACCAUUGGAGAGGGAGAGAGUAAAAAACAGUAAAAACGGAACACGAUUCUCGAGGAGGAGCACAGAACACAAACAACUGCACAUGCAUCCAAAGUGAAGAUCGUAGAGUUUGACGGGGCGACUGGACAGUAAAAAUCGCAUCGACAGCUCCAGAAAUACGAUAAAGGAGGGAGAGGGAUUGUCGGCGUGAGGAGAGGGUCACCAGCUGGGACCUGGUCCACACAGCAUUGCCAGUACAACAGGAAGAGUUAGAGAGACACACACAGAUAGAGAAAGAGAGAAGCUUAUUGGGGUCAUAACUGCUUCUGGCAGCUGUAUUAUCAACAAGUUAGUCUCUUUUUUUUGUUUGUUCGUCUGUUUAGUUUCCCUGCAGUCAGUCGACUUUAGACGUCAGUAUCAAAACUCUGCAGUUAUUGCAGUCCUACAGGUAUUACUAAUUUUAGAGGGUUUUCGUUUAUUUUUUUGUUGUCCAUUUGUUUUUAUUUUUGUUUUCAUCCGCUGUGAACAAGAGAGCUCUUACCAUCUCUGACCUUUUGUAUUUCUGUUACUCUGAGCACACACAUCUUGAAUAAGGCAGCUAAAACCCUUCUCUCUUAAGUUGGCUACUCUGAAACACACAAAAACACACGCACACACACACCUUUCAGCCCUCUCACCCAGACUUGGUCCAGCCUAGUCUUGCCUGCGCCACUCCCCUGGACAGGACUUUCACCUCUGAGAAGGAAGGAAGAAUAUGACUGCUGAAACACUUAACUUUGGCCCAGAAUGGCUUCGAGCACUUUCCAGUGGAGGCAGUGUGUCUUCCCCUCCUGCCUCUCCUGCUAUGCCAAAGUACAAGUUGGCCGAGUACCGUUACGGCCGAGAGGAGAUGUUAGCACUUUAUGUCAAAGACAACAAGGUCCCUGAAGAAAUGCAGGAUAAGGAGUUUGCUGCUAUUCUGCAGGAUGAGCCUCAACAGCCACUAGCACUGUUGCCUCUCACUGAAGAGGAGCAGAGGAACUUCUCCAUGUCUGUCAACAGUGUGGCUGUGCUGAGGCUUAUGGGUAAAGGGGGUGGAGCCGUCCCGGCUGGGGUGAAUCGAGGCAGAGGCAGCGUGCGAGGUGGUCGAGGUCGAGGAAGAGGAGAGGGCGGAUUCUACCAAAGAAGCAGUGAGGAAGGAGAGGGUGGUUUUGGUCGCAGCGUUCGAGAGAUCCAUCGCAGCCAGAGCUGGGAUGACAGAAGUGAGAGGCGUUUUGAGAAACCUCUGCGGAGGGAUGGUGUGCGGCUGGGUUUUGAGGAAGGAUGUCCAGGUGGCAGAAAGGAGUUCAUGCGCUCUGAUAGUGACAACUGGCGCACGCUGAGAGAAGAACAGGAGGAGGAGGAAGCAGGAGAGACUGGUGGCAGCUGGAGAAUCACUGGCUCACGAAGAGAAGAUGGUGGCCCUCGCUCGGCUGGUUGGCGGGAACACACUGGUCCAGGUGAAGUUCGCCGCAGGAAGUUUGAUUUCGACUUCCGGGAUGGAGGGAGUGAGGGAGGCAGAAGGAGAGCAGGCAGCGAUGGAGCAGAAGAGGAAAGAGACGGUCUGCCAGAGUGGUGCACAGAUGAGGAAGACGGAGAAAUGGGAACCUUUGAUUCUUCUGGAGCAUUUAUGUCAGUUAAGAAGGGCCCGAAAGACCCCAUUCCAGAAGAGGAGUUUGAGUUCCAGGGGUUGGAGGAUGAGGAAGAGAACUGUGCUAAUCAAGAGAAGAACGGCACUGGUGCUGAGAAAAGCGAGAAAGAUGUCAUUGACUCUGCUCCAGUGUCUGAAACUGAAGUGAAACCAGUUUCUCCUUCCCCUCCUCCUCCUCUCCCUCCCUCUCUUCCUGCUCCUGUCCUUGAGGCUGUGCCCUCUGCUGCCCCCUCUGGCUUGGAGGAGCCUCAGCUUGUCCCCUCCAUUCCCAACAAAUUACCAAGUGAAGUGUUAUCAGAGGCCAUGUUAGAUUUGAGCCCCAGUGCCUCCUCCAGUCUGCCUUCAUCGCCUCCCUCCUCGUCCUCUGCUGCUACUGACCUCCCACCACCGGGGGGUGAUAUUGAGGAUGACGAGGGCAUGAAGCACCUGCAACAGGAGGCAGAGAAGAUGGUGGCAGCGCUCCAGGACACAUCUCUAGAGGAAGAGUGCUUCACCCAGACUCUUCAGGAGAGCAGAAACACAGCCUCUGCUCUUCCUCUCUCCCAUGACUCUGCCAUGAAAUGGUUUUACAAAGACCCGCAAGGAGAGAUUCAGGGUCCGUUCAGUACAGUGGAAAUGUGUGAAUGGUUUCAGGCGGGGUAUUUCGCCAUGAACCUGCUUGUUAAACGUGGUUGUGAUGAGGGAUUUCAGCCGCUGGGGGAAGUCAUUAAGAUGUGGGGGCGUGUGCCUUUUGCCCCUGGCCCCUCCCCUCCGCCCCUCCUGGUGAGGAAUCAAGCCCAUCUUCGCCCUCAACCACCCCGGGGGGCAAUCGGUAAUAUGGAUCAGGAGCGGCUAAAGAAGCAGCAGGAAUUAGCUGCUGCCACGGCUCUUUACCAGCAGCAACAGCAGCUGUUUCAGCUCAUCAACAGGUGUGGAGAGCAGGGUAUGAUGCCUUCGUUAAACAGGUCGAUGUCAGUGCCAGAUACAGGGUCCAUGUGGGACAUGCAUACCUCAGCCUCACAGCCAGCAGGCGGUGAGGCCAGUCUAUGGGACUUAAUGAAUUCUUCAACUCAGGGUCCAAUUCUAGAACAGCUUCAGAAGCUACAUGAGAGAAGAGAAGCUGAACUCAGGGCCAAGCGUGAGGAAGAGGAAAGGAAACGGAGGGAUGAAAAAAGGCGAGAAGAGCAGAAAAGGAGAGAGGAGGAGGAGCUUUACAGGCGCAAGCAGCAGCAGGAUUUGCUGAUGAAGUUGCUCCAGCAGGCUCCGCGUCAGGGUUCCUCAGGCUCCGGGUCGGGCUGGAGUGGAGGACCCAUCCCUGGGCUGGGAAAGCAGACCAAGCCCCACAACCUCCUGGACAUCCAGCAGGAGGCUGAAAGAAUGCACAAACAACAGCACAGAGUCCAGCAACAGCAGAGGUGGAGUGAUGCCUCUUCGUUGUGGGGAGCAGCCGGGUCUUUGGAUGGAAAGGUGGGUGGUGGUGGCAGCCCCUCGGGAGGAGGGAUGGGCGUCUGGGACGAGGCCCUCAAGAACCAGAGCGCUCUUCGCAACAACAUGGGGCUGAAGAACAGCCGCAGCAGUCCCUCAUUGAGUGAGCAGUACAUGAUGAGGGGCCGUAAACGCACUGAGGAGGAGGAGCGGCUGUUGAAACUCCUGCAGGGGAUGAAGUCUCAGGAUGGCUUCACCACCUGGUGUGAACAGAUGCUGCAUGCGCUCAACACCUCCGCCAAUAACUCUUCCUCUUCCCAGGAUGUGCCCACCAUUGUGGCGUACCUGAAGGAGGUGGAGUCUCCGUAUGAGGUGUUGAACUUUAUCUGCUCCUAUCUGGGCGACACUGUUGAAGCCAAAGAGUUCGCCAGACAGUUCCUGGAGCGCCGUGCCAAACAGAAAGCUAACCACCAGAGACAGCAGCAGCAGCUCUCCAAAGAGAUGGCUGGACUUAGCAUGAACAACUUCCCUCUCCAGGAUACUGUACGAGGAAUGAACCCCAGUGCCCUGCAGUCUAUGUUCCAGGCAGUGCAUUCUGGGAAGGGGGGUGUGGUCUAUGAUCAGGCAGCAAAGCUGAAGAAGAAACAGCCCAUGAUGCUGCACUCUGACCCAAGCAUCUUAGGGUAUUCAUUCCAUGGUGGCCCUGAUCGGUAUGGUCUAAACGAGAUGGAGAUGGUCGAGGAUUACUGAAUCCACAGCAAUAGCUACACGAGGCCUUUAAACCCGCGGGUCCACCUAAUCAGACUCCGCAAGUCGAAUGUGCACUGCUUUGAGGGGGAGGGGAUUGGGGAUAAGCCAGGAGUAAGGUAUCAGUUUAGGGGCGGGUGGGUUUUGCUCUGGGAAUAGAAGAAUGUAAUUCAACAGGGAAGGGAACAGGUGUGAAUUUAUUUUUGUGUGUGUGUGUUUUGGGGACGGGGGGGGGGGUGAUAAAGUUCUGGCACUUACAGCAUUAAGCACCUUACACUCAGACUAAUGCACUUUAUUAAGAUGUAAUUUGAAUAGUUGUUUUUUUUUUUCUUUCUUUUUUUUCUUUCUUUUUUGAGACGAUUGACAUGUAUAUUUAUGUGGUAUGGCUUCAGAAAUAUUACCACAUACAUAUACUGUGUGUGUGUGUGUGUGUGUGUGUGUUGAAUCAGAACUGGAGUUUGUGCUGGGAGGAAACGGUGGCGAUUGGGGGACCAUUGCGUGUUUCAGUUCAGACAUUAUCAGAAAAACAAAUCCUCUCUUUAAAGACAAACACUGUUGUUUCAUUUUUUUUAUAUACAUAUAUAUAAAGUUUCUAUAAAAAAUGUAAAGCUAUUAUAAAAAAAAACUUUGAUUAUAAAACUUGAAGAUUUGCACUCACAUAAAAUGCAAGUUAAAAAGAUAAAAAAAAAAAUGUGUUAGAUAUAAUAGAGAUGAAUAUUUUUGUGAUUGUGUGCCUGUGUGUGUAUGUGUCUAUACACGCAUGUUUGUUUGAGACUGAAUGAGUGUGUUUUGUGUGGGCGCGCGUUUAAAACAUACCAGUCUGCACAAUGUAUUUUUUUUAAUCGCUUACUUAGACGUAUGAUCAAAAGAGGCCAUUUCGUCAUUUGGAGUGAAUUUUUUUUUGUAUUUUAUGAACCGAAUGUGUGAAUGUGAACGCUUGUGUACAGGAGGAACUGUGUAUUACUCCUCUUGUAAAUGUGCAGUAUGUGAGCGAAUGAAUGAAUUAAUUAAUGAAAGAAAGGCAGAGAGAGGGGGGCAACGGCACAACACAUCCUCUUUCACCAGCCCUUCAUUCCCCAACAAAGAAAGACCUCUAGAUUCAAACACAAAAGCUUUAGCCCAUUUUACGCCAACCAGCACUCUUUAGUUUUCGUGGCGGGGAUCGCAAGGGACGUCUUUUCCUGCCUCCGCUGCCUCAUUUUUGCCUCUGUGAGGUUUAAGAACACGUCAUUAGUUUUGUCAUCAUCGUUUUGUUUGUGUGUUGUUGUUGAGCUCAAUUCAAUCUUGUAUACUUUUAGGAAAUGGUUACUUGUGGUACGUACGUUGCGUGUGUGAGUGUGUGUAUUUGUUAUUUUCUGUCCCCACAUCUGUGCCUAAGAACUAAAGGGCGAAUGAUUAGACUUCAUUGCUGCCAUUAAGACAUUAUUUUUUUAGCAAAUGGGCGUGGUUUCACAAGGCUCCACCCCCACAUGCCUCCCAUGCUUCUGAACCAAGAGCCUCUCUGUACAGUUCUGUUGUAGCCUGGGGAUGCUUGGAUGAAAGAAAUGUUUAAUAUUUGGAGGAUGUGACCUAACAUUGCCUUUCUGUCCACUCUCUUGUUCAUGAGUGACUGAGGUUCUGACUAUUUUUGGCUAAAAAAACAAACCACAACAACGACAAAAAAAAAAAAAAAAAAAAAUGAUCGCAACAAACUGUGCAAGUGCACUCAGCAGUGCACACAAAAUGUUUGAAUAUUUUGUUACUUGUUCAUUGUUGUUGUCAAUGACAAUGAUGGUGAUUUAUUUUUUUCUUUUAAUGUUAUAUAUGAUUAUAUAUGAAUCUGAAUAUAAACAAAGUAUUGGACUACAAGGAAGAGCACUUGGGGCUGCUACUUUUUUCUUCAUUUUGAAAAAUUUCCUUGGAUUUUUUUUAGUUGCCACCAUGUGAAGUGCUUUUGUGUACUUUUUUCUUUCCUUCUUAAAAAAAAAAGUUGAAUGUAUUCCAAAAAUGUAACGGUGUAGAUGGAGUUGCUCAACACAGGAUAUUAAAGCGUAAUCAGCAGGACAUCAAGAGGAGCGUAAUUGAAAGUCGUUUUUGUCCGUCAAGAGUUCUUGAUGGAAAUACGUUCAAGAUGGCUACCGCAAAAACACACUGCCUCUACAAUCCUGUUCAUAUAAACUUUGACUAUGAAAAUGAGAACUUAAAAGAUAUUCUAUUCCAUACUGGAGUUUUGGUUGUUUACAAACCACACAGACAUUUGUGGGUGCUUUUUUUUUUCCUUCAUUUUUGUGGUGAUUGAAUAUGCGAUUCUGCAGUUGAGAAUCGUUUUGUUGGAGGGGACUUCAAUGGCAUGACGUCAGACCCUUCCUUUGCAUGUGGAUUUGAGCGAAGCCUAUAUAACUCGCUGACUGAAACAAACUUGGAUUGCUGGAACACAAGUAAUGGAAUUACAUCAAAGAUUUCUUCAUGUACCUUUAUCUUAUGGACAGGGUGUGUUUUUAAGAAUCAUAAAGGCGACCAUAUUUUGUUUACGGGACUUCUUAUGUUCUUUUGUUUACUAAUCUCUCUUUGUAAUGAAAUCAAAAUGAUCAUCAAGACAGAAGAAAUGCUUUAUGUACCUGGAAAGAAGGCAAAAAUCAUACAGCACAGAUGACCUCUUGGUACUUUGAGAUGCAUAUAUUGAAUGCUUUAACAUUUUUCCCCUUCCCCCAAUCAUUUUUAUGUCUUGUGGAUAAUUUUGGAUGGACAUAUCUAUGAUGGACGUUGAUGAGAACAACAACAAAAGAACAUAUGUAUGACCUCAGAUCUGCCAGAUAAUUCCUUGGACAGUGUGAACGUGCUCAUAAUUUUUGUAUUUUUGGACGUGGUGUCAUGGCCAUCAUCUUCAUACAGAUAAAGGGACUAGCACUGCCCUGAUACCCUCACUAUGCACUUUUCAUUUGCUCGAAACUGUGAGGAACUUUCACUUGGGCGUGGAGAGCAGAGGCAGAGAACGUCCACUUUCUGUCAGCAGAUGGGCGCUUUGAGAGGUUUUGACGCCCUAGCAUGAGAGUCAUUCUCCUUAUGGUGGUUGUUUCUCAGUCUUUUUGAGAACGACACCACACAAGCUUUACCGUAGAAGGAUAAGGGAAGUUUUAGACACAUUGGGACUUGUGGGGAAAUCCUUGAAAAUUUCCCAUAGAGGAUUUUCACUGAACAAUGUUGAUAUUUAAGACUAUACGAACAGUCUCCAAACUUGGUUACAUUGUGGAGAUUCAGAACAUAUUUACUCAACAGUGUUCUCCGUUAUGUAAAAAGGUCCAGGGUGCUUUUUUUUUUUUUUUUUUUUUUUUUUUUGUGGACUGGAAUUGAUUAUUUCAUUGAUGACUGAAAAGGCUUUUUUUAAAGACUGGAGGACAGCUUUUUUUUUUUUUUUUUGUAUUGGAGAUAAAUAACUAAUAAGCUCCAUCAGCUCUACAACCACCUGCUGACUGCAUGGCUGAAGUUCACCUUUGGCUUGAAGUGGUUACGGCUCUACAAGACCAUUUUUUUGAUCUUUGCUGUUCCAGUUUUUCAGAUGGAGAUGGAGGCUCUCCACUGCUUCGUAUUCAUCUCCAUCUCCUCUUUAAUUUCCCAUCAUCAGCCUUCAGAGGAAGAUCCCAAGGUUGGAGAUUCCAAACAGCACAUGAAAUCAUGACUGUAUGACAAGAACUUAAAACCAGGAGGAAGAGGAGGAAUGAUGAACUCAUGGCACCAUAUUCGGACUACUAAGAGGAACAUGUUUCCUUGCCAGGAGGAGGGAGUGAACUGUGAAUGCUGGAACAGCCGAACUGAGAUCUCGAACCUGCACAGAAUAGUUCUCCUCAAGUGCAGCCAGAGUUAACAUUACAAACACAACACACACAUGAAUAAUAACUGAAAUACACCUGCAUACACAUUCAUUAAAAAAUGAAUUAUCGAUUACACAAACGUUCUCUGACAUGGCUUAACACAGUCCCACUACACUUCGGUCUGGCUGCCGUGUAAAUAAUGUAUAUAACCCUUUUCCCUUUCUCUGUUGGGUUUUCAGGUUUGUGUGAAUUUUUUUUUUUUUUUUUUUUUUUCUAUUUUUUUUCUUCCUUUUAUGACAUGCCUUAACAGUUCAGUUCUGCCUAUUAAGGCACACUUAAGAUGAGUAAAAUAAAAAAAAAAAAGAAGGAAAAAAAGUGAGACUAGCUCUGUGACAUAAUAGCGUGUGAUUUUAUUUAAGGAACCCUGAAAUGAUUUAUAACAUUACAAAUGAUCCCCACAAAAGACGUGUAAUUGAUGAAUUGGUGUAACUGGGCAAGUUUUUCUAAAGAUGCAACCUGAUUUGCAUUUUCAAAAUGAGAGGCAAAAACUGUUUCCAGGUCAAGAUUUAGUAUGCUUAACAUAAAAAAUGCCUUUUCAUCUUUGAUCUCAGAAAUAGAAGUGGGUGUUCAGAAAUACUAACACAUGCUUGAGCUAAAGAUGAGAAAGGAUGUGAUUUGUACGGCAUUGCCCUCUUAAGAUGAUUAUGUAAAGUUGCAGGUCAGAUUAAACUAGAGAUGCCUAAUGUCUUUACUGGUAUGCAAAAAUACAUGUUUUAAAAAAUUAAUGAUAAUACAAAUACAUGUUUGUCAUAUCUAUUGAUUCAUUGUGUGAAAAGCAACAAUACUGUGUUGACGCUGUCACAGAGCCGUGUGUUCAUUUUAAAGUGAUCAACUGAAUAAUAAUAAUUCAAAUUCAAAAUCAGCAAUGCAUAAUGAGAUCUUAUACGUCUAUAGUCAUACUUAUCAGACAUGUCUGAGUUGGAUGUCUUGAAAUUUCCAGAGAUGCAACCAUUUAAAAAAGGUCAUAAACCAUUUUGACAAUAAUGUUUGAAUAUACAUUAUGUGAAUAGUUUUUGGGGUUUCUGGUUUGUUUGAAGAAAAUUAAUAAAUACUUCUGAAUGAA